CUGGAGAAGGCAGACGCUGAGGUCGCCACACCUAAGCAACCAGCGCUCAGGACAUCAGAGAUCCCUGAAGAAACCAUAAGCCCAGGAAGAAGAGAGGGUGCCAAGGAGCCCUGUUCUCCAGGGUUCCCUGAGGGGCUGGUGGAGUUCUGUCACUUGGCAGCAAGUACAAAAUUGGAAAUGUUGGUGUCGCCAAAACCAAAGGGCCUUGUCCCUUUCACUAGAGAGUCUCUUGAUCUGAUAAAACAACGUAUGGCUAAGAAGCACCAUGACGACCAUGAGGAGGAAGAGUUAGAACCAAAUCCAGACUUGGAAGUUGGCAAAAAGCUUCCAUUUACUUAUGGAAAUCUUUCCCAAGGAAUGAUGUCAGUGCCUCUGGAAGAUGUGGACCCUUAUUACUAUGUAAAAAAAAAUACUUUCAUUGUAUUAAAUAAAAAGAGAACAAUCUUCAGAUUCAAUGCAUCUUCCAUCUUUUGCACACUUUCUCCUUUCAAUGUUAUCCGAGGAACCAGUGUGAAGGUCUUGGUACAUCCCUUUUUCCAGUUGUUAAUUUUGAUCAGUGUUCUCACUGAUGGUAUGAUUAUGACCCUGAGUAGCCCACCAAAAUGGGUUCUAACAGUAGAGAAUUCUUUGCUUGGAAUUUACACAUUUGAAAUACUUAUAAAAAUCAUUGCCAGGGGUGUUUGGGCAGGACCUUUUUCUUUCCUUGGAGAUCUAUGGAACUGGCUGGAUUUCAGUGUAACUUCAUUUGAACUUAUGACCAGGUAUUCAUUUCCAAACCACACUCCAUUGUUUAAAACUAUAAGAAGUUUGAGAAUUUUGAAAGUUAUUCCUUUAAACCAAGGUUUAAACUCUCUUGUAGGAACCUUGAUUCAUGGCUUGAAGAAACUUAUUGGUGCCAUUAGCCUAACUCUGCUUUUUCUAAGUAUAUUUUCUCUCUUUGGGAUGGGACUCUUCAUGGGUAACUUAAAGCACAAAUGUGUGCAUUGGCCCCAAGAAAAUGAAACUCAGCAUAACAGAACAGGAAACCCCUAUUAUAUUCGAGAAACUGAGCACUUUUACUAUAUGGAAGGAGACAAGUAUGCUCUCCUUUGUGGCAACAGAACAGAUGCUGGUCAGUGCCCUGAAGGAUAUGUGUGUGUGAAAGAAGGCAUAAAUCCUGAUCGUGGCUACACAAAUUUUGAUAAUUUUGGUUGGGCUUUCUUUGCACUAUUUCGAUUAAUGACCCAGGAUUAUCCUGAAGCACUUUAUCACCAGAUCCUUUAUGCUUCUGGGAAAGUCUACAUGAUGUUUUUUGUUGUGGUCAGUUUUUGGUUUGCCUUUUAUAUGGCAAGUUUAUUCUUGGGAAUACUUAUCAUGAUCUAUGAAAAAGAAAAGCAGACAGAGGCUGAGAAAGUUAAAAUAACUCAACUAACAUUUCAACAGACUAUUGAACUACAAGAAGAAAACGAUGCAUCUGAGACCAAAGCUAUACAAAUAGAAAUGAAGAAAAAAUUUGCAACUUCUGAAAACACAUCAGUGGAUAUUUUGGAAGAUGCUACUCUCAGACAUACAAAAGACCAUAAAAAAUCCAAAAAGAGAUGCCCAUUGUAUUGUCAUAAAUUUGCUAAAAGUUUCUUGAUCUGGAAUUGCUCUCCUUGUUGGUUAAAAUUGAGAGAUUUUUUCCAUAAGAUAAUAAUGUCUCCUUUCAGUGAUCUUUUCCUUAUCGUAUGUAUCAUUUUAAACAUUUGUUUUUUGGCCUGGGAACAUUCUCCAAUGAGCGCGAGCGCCUACUAUCUUCUCAGCAUUGGAAACAUGGUUUUCCUUGGAAUUUUUACAGCAGAGAUGAUUUUUAAAAUAAUAGCCAUGCAUCCAUAUGAAUAUUUUCAAGCAGGAUGGAACAUUUUUGAUAGCAUAGUGGUAUUCCUUGGUGUCUCUGAACUUUAUCUAGCAAACAUUGAAGGAACAGAUCUUCUGCGCUCAUUCAGGACGUUGCGAAUUUUCAAGUUGGGGAAAUAUUGGCCAACAUUUGAAAUUCUCAUGCUGAAUCUUAGUAAAUCCCUGACAGCCUUGAAAGACCUGGUCCUUCUGCUGCUCCUGUUUGUCUUCUUUUUUGCUGUAUUUGGCAUGAAGUUGUUUAGUUGGAGCUAUACAAAUUAUGUCUGCCUCAUAGACAUAGACUGCCACCUUCCACGCUGGCACAUGGCUGACUUCUUUCACUCCUACUUGAAUGUGUUCCGAGUUCUCUGUGGGGAGUGGAUAGAGACCUUGUGGGACUGCAUGGCAGUUUCAAGACCAUCCUGGUGCAUUCCUUUUUAUAUGAUGGUUAUUUUAAUUGGCAAUUUAUUGGUCCUAUACCUGUUUGUGGCAUUGGUGAGUUCAUUUAGCUCAUGUAAGGAUGUUACAACCAGAGAGAGCAAUGAAAUAAAAAACAUCCAGCAGGCAAUGGAAAAGAUGAAGAAAGGAAUGAACAAUGUCCUUAGUAAAAUGUUAUGCAAAAAGCAAAAUGUUCCAAAGGAAACAAUAGACCAUGUGAGUGACACUUAUUUUAAAGAGAAUAUUUCUGACCACACUCUUUCUGAACUGAGCUACACCCAAGAUUUCCUGAAAGAUAAGGACAAGAGCAACGGCACAGAGAAAACACCACUGACUGAAAAUGAGAGUCAGUCACUCAGGCCCAGCUUUAGUACCUCAGAAACUGUACCAAUCGCUUCAGGAGAAUCUGAUAUAGAAAACCUAGAUAACAAGGAGAUUCGGAGCAUGUCAGGCAACAGAGACAGCAAAGAGAAAAUAAAGCAAUCAAGCUCAUCAGAAUGCAGUACAGUUGAUAUUGCUAUCUCUGAAGAAGAAGAAAUCAUCUAUGGACAUGAAAAGCCAAGGCAUCUUAAAAGUGGUUAUAGACGGGGAUCUUCAAUUGGUCAGAUCAAUAAACAAUCUAGAAGAGGAAAGAUUUGGCAGAAUAUAAGGAAGACCUGCUGCAAGAUUGUAGAAAACAUUUGGUUUAAGGGUUUCAUUGGCCUUGUCACUCUGCUCAGCACUGGUGCUCUGGCUUUUGAGGAUAUCUAUAUUGAUCAGCGAAAGACUAUUAAAAUCUUAUUAGAAUAUGCUGACAUGAUCUUCACCUACAUCUUCAUUCUGGAAAUGCUUCUAAAAUGGAUAGCAUAUGGUUUUAAAGCAUAUUUCUCCAAUAGCUGGUACAAGCUGGAUUUCAUGGUUGUUCUUGUAUUUUGUCUCAGCUUAAUAGGCAAAACUCGGGAUGACCUAAAACUACUCACUUCCAUUAAGUUCCUUCGGGGCCUCAGAGUUCUGUCUCAAUUUGAAAGAAUGAAGGUAGUUGUCAGAGCAUUGAUAAAAACAACUUUACCCACCUUGAAUGUGUUUCUGGUCUGCCUUAUGAUCUGGCUGGUUUUCAGUGUGAUGGGAGUGAACUUAUUUGCCGGCACAUUCUAUGCCUGCUUUGACCCAACAAGUGGAGAAAAAUUUCCUAUAUUUGAGGUUAUGAACAGGAGUCAAUGUGAAAGCCUUGUCUUUAAUGAAACCAUGCCAUGGGAAAAUGCAAAACUGAAUUUUGAUAAUGUUGGAAAUGGCUUUCUGUCUCUAUUUCAAAUUGCAACAUUUAAUGGCUGGAUUGAUAUCAUGAAUUCAGCUGUUGAUUCUACCACUGUAAAUGUGCAGCCUUCCUUUGAAAACAACAUCUACAUGUAUUUAUACUUUCUCCACUUCAUUAUCUUUGGAUUAUUUCUUCCCCUAAGUAUGCUGAUUGGUGCUAUUGUUUCUAAUUUUAACAAGCACAGAAUAAAGCAGGGAGGCACAAAUAUCUUCAUAACAGCCAAACAGAAGAAACAGUACCGUGCACUCAAGAGGCUGAUGUAUGAAGACUCUGAAACCUCAGUUCCUCGCCCAAAAAACAAGUUCCAAGGCUGUAUUUUUGACUUUGUGACAAGUAGAGUCUUUAAAGUCAUCAGUAUGGUUCUGAUCUGUCUGCAAGCACUGACACUCACGUUACAAAGUGAUGAACAGAGUCUACAAAUGGAUGUCUUUUUCACCUGGACUGACCUGGUUUUUGUGAUCCUAUAUAGUGUUGAGUGCAUCCUGAAACUCAUCUCCUUCCAUUGUUACUAUUUCACCAUUGUGUGGAACAUUUUUGAUUUUGUGGUGGUUGUUUUCUCCAUUACAGGUAUACUGGUGCCUGUGACAAUAGGAUACUACCUUGUUCCUCCGUCCCUGGUGCAACUGAUUCUUCUCUCUCGGAUCGCCCACAUCCUGCGUCGUGGGAAAGGACCAAAGGUGUUCCAUGAUCUGAUGCUUCCUUUCGUGCUGUCUCUCCCAGCGUUGUUGAACAUCAGUCUUCUCAUCUUCCUGGUCAUGUUCAUCUAUGCCAUUUUUGGCAUGUAUAACUUUGCCUAUGUCAAAAAAGAAGCCGGAAUUAAUGAUGUGUCCAACUUUGAAACUUUUGGCAGCAGUAUGCUCUGUCUUUUUCAAGUUACCAUAUUGGCAGGCUGGGAUGGGAUGCUUCACGCCAUUUUCAACAGUGAAUGGUCUGACUGUGAUCCUGAUAAAAUUAAUCCUGGGACUCAAGUUAAAGGAGAUUGUGGAAACCCUUCUGUUGGCAUUUUCUAUUUUGUCAGUUAUAUCCUCAUAGCUUGGCUGAUCAUUGUGAAUAUGUAUAUUGUUGUCAUAAUGGAAUUUGUAACUAUCACUUCUAAGAAAAAAGCCAGGACCUUGAGUGAAGAUGACUUUAGGAAAUUCUUUCAGGUAUGGAAGAGAUUUGAUCCUGAUGGGACCCAGUAUAUAGAUUCUAGCAAGCUUUCAGAUUUUGCAGCUGCUCUUGAUCCUCCUCUCUUCAUGGCAAAACCCAACAAGGGACAGCUUGUGUCUCUGGAUCUUCCCAUGGCUGUUGGAGACAGAAUUCAUUGCCUGGACAUCCUCCUUGCUCUUACAAAAAGAGUUAUGGGAAAAGAUGAGAGGAUGGAGAAAGUCCUUUCAGAGAUAGAGUCUGGGUUUAUGUCAGCCAACCCUUUUAAAAUUACAUAUGAACCUAUUACAACGACUCUGAAACGAAAACAAGAGGCAGUUUCAGCCACCAUCAUUCAGCGUGCCUAUAAAAGUUACCGCUUGCGGCAAGGUGACAAAAAUACAUCAGAUAUUCAAAUCGUUGAUGAUGACAGGGAUGCUCAAGCUGCCAAAGAAGAUGCCCAUACUGAAAAAGCAAAGGAAAAGUCAUGUAAUCAAAGUCAGACAUAAUCCCACUUCUGACUUUUUGCUUUCUUCAUUCAUCCUCCAAUGUAAAUACUUUGUUAAGAAACGAAAGCAAAAGUCAGAGAGAGAAGAAACAAUAAUCAGUGAUUUACAAUGUAUCAAUGUAAAGCUUGUAUUCACAAACCUCCAUUCCAAGCUCAUUUUUUUAUAUUUUUCAUUUAGUCGAACUAAUCUUUAAGGAAAAAGACAACAUUGUUCCAGUUAGUGAAAGCAUAUUAAAGUUGCCUUUUGCUGAGGUAGUGUUUGCUCUAGCUGACUUGGCUGGAGGGUGACUAUUCUGAUGGUAAAGUUGAGCAGCUAAAGAGCCUUCCUUCUUUAUGUCUAACUUAAAGGGCUUGAAGUCACCAUUACUAAGGAUUACAAAGAGAGGAGCACUUUCUUAUUGGUUUUAGGUUUUAAAGUUAUAGUACAACAAAAUAAACUCACAGUCCAACAAAGUUACAUCAGAGAAACAAGUACUGGGAGUUGGGGAGAUCAAGUAAAGCAGGGUAUACAAAUAAUGAGAGGAAGGGAAUGACAAUGCAGUCAUAAAAUUUAAUGCAUAUCUACAAAAUUAAGAAAAUUGAGAGAAGUAGGAGGGUUGGAGGGAUGGAAGAGAAAGACAAAAUGGGUGACAGGGAUCAAGAUUUGUUGUGUUCAUAAACUGCUUUAUUGAACAUUAACUCCUUUGUCUUUAUCAUUAAUCAUUAAAAAAAAAAACCAAACAGGGAAAUGUCAUUGGCCAUUAAAUCCUAAAUGGCCUAAAAAAGUGCUCAAGGUGGAGACAAUUAUGGAAUUAUGUCCUUCUUUAGAAAGUGCCUUUGAAUUCAAACACAGGGAAUGAUCAAAACCACAUUUUAAAAUAAUUAUUUGAAGCCCUACGUUUUCAUUUUGUUUUUCUUUUUCUAGUGGUAGUAAUGUUGCUUCACUCUUCUUGGAUUCCCUCUUUUUCAUUUGUUUUGUUUUCUCCACAUUUACAUGUUUUAUUUAGUAUAUAGUAAUUAGGGUAAUUGAUACAUUAAUAGACUCAAGCACUAGCUUAUGGCAAAACUGAAUGUCUUCUUACCAUAUAUUCAUAUUAUAACAUUGAGUAUAUAUGAUCUGUGUAAAGCAUGUUAUAACAAGAAUUAGAAGUGAUGAGAGCCACCAGUGAGUUGUGGUUUAUCUGGUUCGUCAGCCUUACUUGGGAAACUGGAGUCACUUUAAAGUAUUUCUUCCUGUACUUUCUACUUUUCUUAAAGAAAAAAAGUGAUCAUUUAAAAUAUUCGAUGUCUACCAACUAGAAGACAAAUGUGUAAAACGUUGCUUUAUAACAUCAAUAGGUGAAAAUUUGUUUUUACUUGCUCAUUUCUUUUCAGGUGCUGUUUUCUUUUGUUUUACAACUCUGUAAAAUAUUUUAUGUUUGAGAAACUUUCAAAUCCCAAACAUGCAUUUUGCCUAUUGAGUAUUUUUUUAAGUUGGUCGCAAAGAGUUAUUUGUUGAAUUAGUCAUAAGACUGUAGUGAUAUACAUCAAAUGACAUUUACUCCAUUUGUAUGAAAGCUCAUUGCAAUGUGCCUAUAAACUGCUAAAGGAUUCAAAAAGAAAAAUCUGUGCACUGUUAACUCAGAUGACAAGCUUUAAAUAUGUUGUAUGAUACUCAGUGUCAUUUACACACUGGUAAUUGUAUUUUGUUAUAAAUGCAUGAUCUUGAGCCUUAAAAACUACAAUCUAUUUCUGCUCUUCACAAAUUUAGUAACCUUACCAAAAAUGCCUUUAGAAGAUCUUCAAAGUAAAUGUAAUGACAGGGUUUUUUUGCUUUAUUACCAAUAAAUAUGUCUUUUCUCUCUCUUCUCCUUCCUGUGAUGGGAACCAGGGAGAAUUUGGUGUUGACUUAGUGACAUAGUGGCAGCUGGUGCUUUUCUUAAGCUUCUCACUCUUCUAUGUCUUCGGAAUGCUUUACUAUGGAAGUUGCUUCAGAUAGUUAACUGAAUGAUAAUUUGCUUCCCUAAAUUCCCAAAAAGACCACAAACUGAUCUUGGUUUGAAAAUUAUUGCUUUUCAUUUGAAAUUGUGUUUUCCAGUAGCUUUCCAAAUGCUGCUUUAAAGAUUUAUUUUUAGCAAAACAUUUUACAAUGUAUUUUACCUUUUAUUCAAAUACUAUAUUAAAUAAUAAAUACAACCUGUUAAUCACAA